UCUCACUCGUGACUUGUCUCGACGCUUCUGAAUCCCCUCACACCAACACCACUCCUCACUCGUGACUUGUCUCGACGCUUCUGAAUCCCCUCACACCAACCUCCACCCAUCCCCACAAUGGUGUCUCUGGCGCAGAUGCGCUCCUCGAACGCGGCCAUCGCGGCAGCCCUCCCGGCGAAGCUGGUGGCCGUGUUCGCGGGGGCGACGAGCGGGAUCGGCGAGACGGCACUAAAACAGUUCGCCAGGCACGCGGUGCAGCCGCGCGUCUACUUCCUGGGACGCACCACGGCGUCGGGCGAGCGCAUCCGCGCCGAGCUGCAGGCCAUAAACCCCGGCGGCGAGUACGUCUUCCUCGGCGUCGACGUGAGCCUGCUCGGCGCCGUCGACGCCGUGUGCCGCCAGAUCAGGGAGAGGGAGACAGCCAUCAACCUGCUGUUCCUGACGACCGGGACCUUGAUCACCGGCAAGGACACCGCCGAGGGUCUCUACUACCCAACCGCGGUCACCUACUACGCGCGCACGCGGCUGAUCGUCAACCUGCUCCCACUUCUCCGCGCGGCAACAGGUCUGCGGCGCGUUGUGACCGUCUUGGCAGGGACGAAAGAGGGGCCGGUCCACACCGACGACUUCGCGACGCGGCACGUGCCGAUCCUCGCGGCGCGCGGCCACGCCAGCGCCAUCAUGACGCUGUCGCUCGAGGCCAUCGCCGCGACAGCGCCCGAGGUAUCCUUCGUACACGACUUCCCCGGGGCCGUGAAGACGAACCUGGGCAAGGACGUGCGCACCCCGGCCUUUGUUGUUGUCGGCGCGCUGUUCAAGCUGGUGUGGCCGUUCAUCGGCAUCCCGUUUGCUGAGGCCGGCGACCGCCAGCUGUUCUUUGCGACCAGUGCGAGGUAUCCGCCGGCGCGCACGGCCGGCGGUGCUGUAGGCAGUGCCGAUGGCGUGCCGCUGCCGGAGGGUGUGGAAGUGGCCAGGGGGUCGGCCGGCGCGGCGGGUAGCGGUGUGUAUUCGACGAAUGUCGACGGCGAGACGUUGUCGCCCAAGGUCGCGCAGGUUCUGGCCAGGAUGAGGGACGAGGGUGUCGUGGGGAAGCUGUGGGCGCAUACGGAGGACGAGUUUGUAAGGAUUGCGGGUUCCGUGGCUUUGUAGACUGCCAGAGGCCCAUUGCUCCUAUUAACACUCCUAGAUUGAUUGCUGCAUGAUCAACAAGCAC